CUGUUUAAUUUGAUUUCUGCGCCGCCUCCGCCCUGCGCGCUCUGCUCCUCGCGUCGCUAGCAGUCGUGAGCCGCAAGUUGCGUUCGCCCUCGCGUGUUAGCCUCGAGCGUCUGCUUCCUGCCAACCCGUCGAUUUGUCGCCAUUCGCCGUAGUUCGCUCGGCCGUGUUACCACCGAUGGCGACGUCGCGGAUCACGCGCGACUUGAUGGCGGUGACGGCGGACAGGGCGCGCGAGCAGGGGCGGGACUCGGGCACGAGCGGCGAGGAGGGAGUGGGGGCGGCAGGAGGGCGGACGUGCCUGGUGCAGGGCUACCUGCUGAAGCGGUCGGAAACGCUGCACCUGUGGAACCAGCGAUGGUUUGUGCUGGACCCCACCACUGCGCGCAUGGAGUACCGCAUGCAGCGCAGCGACGUGUACCCGCGUGGACACAUCGUGUUCGACAGCCACAGCACCAUCACCGUCUCGCCCCUCAACUUCCACGGAGCCAAGCAAUACGAAGGCUGCUGCUUCUACGUGGGCACGGCGGGGAAGAAGGAGUACUUUCUGUGCGCCGAGACGCCAGAGGCCGCCAGGGCGUGGGUCAGCACCAUCAGGGCGGCAGCGCAGGUGCUCAAGGCACACCGCGCCGCGGUCAGCCUGCUCGGCUCCUCCAAUGAACCUGCUCUCUCGGGAGCCGUGGCAGCAGCGACGGCAGCGGCGGUGGAGGCAGCAGGGCAGGCGCAGCGGGGCGUGGCGGAGGCGAACGUGCGUGCCGUGCAGCACGGCGCCGCCACCGCCACCACCUUCUUCUCGCUCACAGGCGCCUUCCCUGCCCCUGCUGCCGCCGCCCUCACGCCGCACAGCAUCGCUGCUGCUGCCGCCGCCACCUCUGCUGCUGCUACUGGUGGCAGGGGCGCCGCCGCUGGUGGGCCGUCCAGUGGGGGAGUAGGGAGUGCUGAGGCCAACGCUGCCGCUGCUGCGCGCUUGGGUGCUGGGCACGUGCAUGGCAGUGGGGCGGAGUCAGGGGACAGCGUGCACCUGCUCAAGGAGACCCUGCGUGUGAAGGACGAGGAGAUCCACGCGCUCUCCCUUGCCCUGCGUGAGCGCGACGCAGCCCUAGCGAGCCUCGCAGCGCGCCUGGAGGAGGCAGCGGCCGCCGCGGAUGCAGCUGCGGCCGCAGCAGCGCAGGCAGCGGGCGAGCGCGACGCAGCAGUGCGGGCGCGCGAGGAGGUGCGUGUGGCGGCGGGCAAGCUGUGCGAGGACCUGGAGGCGCGCUUCGCACAGGCGGAGGCACAGCAGGCGGGCUCCAAGGCGGGCAGGGCGGAUGCGGAGCAGCAGGCGGAGAGGGCGCGGGCGGAGUUGGCGCUGCUGCAGGCGGCGCUGACCGAGGCGAGGGAAAGGGGCGCGCGGGAGGAGGCGGGCAGGCGGGCAGCGGAACGGGAGAUGCUCAGGUGGAAGGCCGAGGCAGAGAGGUUCAUGACUGCAGGACUCGCAUCGUUCACUCCCUCCUGCCUCCCAUCCACCACCACCAUCUCCACCACCACCACCAACCCGUCAUCUCUCCCCCCGCCUGCCACUGCCACUUCCACGCCUUUGCCUCCUGACAUUCCACCCACCUCGCCUCUCCAUCCCUCUCUCUCGCCCUCUCCUCUCUUGCCCCCCCCCUCCCCCGUGCCGUCACUCCUAGAGCCGCCCUCCACUGUGCCUGUUGCUCUGGAACCGCAUGGCCUACUCGCCCCCUCCGCGCCUGCCAGUGCUGCCCCUGCGCAGGGCUCAUGUGCGGCGCCCUGUGCGCCCCACCACGCGCCACUCCCUGCCAUGAACCCUCCUGCCACUCUGCCACCUGACGCGCCACCAGCAGCAGCAGCAGCAGUGGAACAGGCGUCACUGUCCGCAAGCACAGGCACAACAGGCCAACCUGCACCGCCGCCACCUCUGGCUCACCUACCUGCUGCAGAUGCUGUGGCUGCUGUGGGUGCUGCGGGUAAUGCGGAUGCUGCUUGUGGUGGUGCACUGCGCUGUGUGACUGCUGAUGCGAAGCCCCAUGCGCUUGCUGCUCACAGCACACCUGCACCUGCUGCCGCUGACGAAUCGUGCGCUGCUGCCACGGAACCAGGUGCCCUCACUCAACCUGACGGCGCUGCAUCUGGCCACCACUAAUGUACCGCUACAGUUCCUAUGCCGUCCGCACAUUUUCCCCGAGUUCAAGCCUUCCUCCAGUAGACUACCCCUGCCUCCCUGCGUCGCAUGUUCGCCUAGUGCUUGCCUUAUCUGUAGCCACUUGGAGAUCAUUUGCAUGACAUGUGAUGCCGGUGAGCCACAGCUACCUGCACAUACCCUUGCCCAUUGCUCGUUCUCUCCAGUGCUCUCGCGUGCUUUUCACAUCCUGUGCCACUUUUGGGCUUUGCGGUGUCUGGUGUGGGCCCAGUCCACUCCUGUCCAUCACAACCAUGAGGUCGUUGCGUGGGCUGGUCGCCCCAUGUGACCUCCAGGUCACCUUCACAGCCACGACCGCUCGCAUGGCUCGGCUUUUGUCCCACACCACAUGCUAGUGCUUCCCUCCAUGUCUCACAAGAGGAUCUUGUGGGUGAAAAUGUAGUGUAACGGCAAGAAACCCUUUUUUCUGGCAGUGGUUGGGCAGGAGUGGAGACUCGGUUGCGACAUACAUUGGGU